AACCACAAACUGGGUUCUGGAUUCUGGCCCCAGUCCAGUUGCAACACAGUAGAGGCCAGCGAGUGACAGAAGGAGAAAGAGGGCAGCGGAAGUGGCUGAACGGGGAGAGGAGGAAGGGAAGGGCGAGGGAGGGAGGCCAGGGGAAACGAGCACCCACUUCCGACGACGACACGCGCAGGAGACAGGCUCUAUCGAUUUAGUCAGUGAUCGAUCGUGGAAAUUAGGAGCUGGGUUGGUCGCUUGGGUGUACUGCGCGGCACUAGCAGCAGCAGCAGGUUGGUGGGUGGACGAGGAGAUUCGGGAGCGGAAGCGAGGUGGUGAUCGGAUCGCAAUUGGGUCACGAUGCUGGCUGCUUUGCGAUCUUCUGCUGCUGUCGUGCGCACCAGUUUGCUGCAACAUUGUCGAGUGAGCGUGGUCGCCACCACUUACAGGGGAGCUCCGGAAGGUAGAAUUGGCUUUGCCAGUGACGCUUCGUCAAACCAGCCUCAUGCGACGUAUUUGGAUAAGACUGAGGUCACCGACCGCGUGCUUGCUUUAGUCAAGAAAAUGGAAAAAGUCGAUCCCGCCAAGGUGGAGCCCACUUCUCACUUUCAAAAUGAUCUCGGACUAGACAGUCUGGACACUGUAGAAAUUGUGAUGGCUUUUGAGGAAGAAUUCCAUAUCGAGAUUCCAGACAGCGAAGCAGACAAGAUCUUUUCAUGCCAGGACGCAAUUCAGUACAUUGCUUCUCAGCCGCGAGCCAAGUAGAUUCGUAUGAAUCUGAUCCAAAAAUUAUGUCUCUUUACCAGUAAUAAUACUUUUCAACAGAUGCAAAUUCCGUGCAAUAUCUUCUGUUGAUACCUUCAGAGCAAGUUUUGAAACUAACAAGUAGAGUCCCUUCAUCAGGGUGUAUUUAAGAUUGACUCACGAUCCUCGUUUUAAUACCAGAACCCCAAUUUUGUGUCUCAAUCUGCUUGUUAUUUUGGUCGGUUGGUUCACGAUUCCGUUUCAUAUUGCAAAUUAGGGCUGGGAAGCGGGUGUACAGGCGGCAUCGAGAGCAGACUGUUUGUUGACUGAAGCCAAUCACUUGAUUCAUGUUUAACCUUUGCUAAGGGUCACAGGCGGGUACCUGUAAUUUAGAAGCUCAACCCCAGCAGCAGUUGUAUAUCGAACAAUUGAUUGAAUCAAAAAAACAUACUACCUUAUCGAAUUGUGGUGGAUUUUAU